GCCGAAGAAAUGGAAGUCCAGAGACCACUCGGGCCAAUCGACAAAGGAAAGCCCAAAGACUCUAAUAGCCAUAGAUGACUACCGGAAGAAGAAGGCAGCAGAGAGAGAAAUAGAGAGAGAGAGACUAACAAUCAGUUAGUGAAGAAAGGAGUGGAAAAAGAUGAACACAGAUAUAACAGCAUCAGUGAAACCAGAGUACCCAGUAAUAGAUCGCAAUCCUCCAUUCACCAAGGUGGUCGGUAACUUCAACUUCCUCGAUUACUGCCGUUUCGCCACCAUCACUGGCGUCUCUGUCACCGUCGGCUACCUCUCUGGGAUAAAGCCAGGUAUCAAAGGACCAUCGAUGGUGACUGGAGGGUUAAUAGGGCUAAUGGGUGGUUUCAUGUAUGCUUAUCAAAACUCUGCUGGUCGACUCAUGGGCUUUUUCCCUAAUGAGGGUGAGGUUGCUCAUUACCAGAAACGUGGUUUCAACAAUUAGGGUUUCUUUUUGUUCUUGAAUGAAAGAAAAUAAAGAACAUCAAGAACUGAUUUUUGUUUGCAUUAUGAUGGUAAUAAUUGAAUCUGUCAACUUUGCUUCAAUUGGAUUGCAACUAUGAUUCUGGACCUUCAUUUAUUGCUUGAUUUAUUUUGGUUUC